AACUCAAAGAGCAAUACCAUCACCUUACCGCAUUUGCCUACAAUUCAGUGGUGGAAUAUGCCUGUCGUCCAGGUUACGUGAGAAAUUUUAAAGCCCGAAACGUUCUUGUUUGUGGAAGGAACAGGAAGUGGCACGGAUCAAGGGAGUUCUGUAUACCAAAGCUGUGCACCUACCCGGGAGAGCCGGCCAACGGCAGACUCGUCCUAGCAGAACAGUUCAGUUUUGGUUCAUCAGUGAACUUCACCUGCAACACCGGGUACAGACUGGUUGGAAAUUCUCAAAUUCAAUGUGUAAUUAAAAAUGGGGUUGUUACAUGGGACAGAGAUAUUCCCAUCUGUGAGGCAAUACCAUGUUCACCCCCUCCAGAAAUCGCUAACGGAGAGCACAGCGGAGCUGACAAAGAGCUCUUUGAAUAUGGAACAUCUGUCACUUACUGGUGCCACACUGUCAAAUGGGGAGAGAAACCUUUCUCGCUGGUGGGAGAUGCCUCUAUUUUCUGUACAACCACAGAUAACAUAAAUGGUGUCUGGAAUAAGCCAGCCCCGGAGUGCAAAGUGGUUAACUGUGAGCAUCCGAACGUGGAGAACGGGAAGCUGCUGAGCGGGUACCGGGCUGAGUACACCUACAGAGACACCGUCGUGUUCGACUGCAACUUCCGCUACGCCAUGAACGGCAGCGAUGCAUCCACGUGCAAAGAAAAUGGCCUCUGGGACCCUCCGCUGCCGCUCUGUCAGCUCAGUAGCUGUGAUGACCCUCCAGAUGUGCGUAAUGCUGUUAAAGCAAAACUUGCUGGCAAUUUGUUUCCCGUGGAGACUGUCGUUACCUACGAGUGCAGGGAGGGCCACCAGUUCAGCCCGGGAGAAACCACCCGGCACAUUAAGUGUCUGCCAGAUUUUACGUGGAGCGAAACUCCACAUCCUUGUGAAAGAAUUCAUUGCCCAAAUCCAGACAUCAGGAAUGGAAAGCCCUUACAUGUAUGGGAAGAGAAAGACAAUUAUGUGUACGGAGACAGACUGGAAAUUACGUGUAAUGAUGGCUAUGCUUUCAAAGGUCAUAGCAAUAACAUUGUGCUUCAGUGUACAAGUGAUGGGAGAUGGGAUCCAGCACUACCGGAGUGCGCUGCAGAACCUCGUUGCCCAAAGCCAGAUACUGCUAACGGAAGAGAGAUUUAUAAAAGCAAAAAUGACUAUGUGGUUGGGACCCGACUGAGGCUGGCGUGUGAUUCGGGCUAUGUCCUCAGGGGCCAGGACUCGACCGAGUGUCAGGCUGAUGCAAGCUGGGCUCCCCCGUUACCGGUUUGUGAUAAAGUCUGUGGCCCCCCUCCACAAAUCACCAACGGGCAGCACUCCGGCUCGGGACGGGAGCAGUUCCCCUACGGUGCAGAGGUGACGUACAGCUGUGCGGAGGGUCUGUCC